CUUUAAUAUUAUCUGACAGAAGCCUCGUGUCUUAAAUUAUCUUCAAUCGCACAUACACAAAAAAGAUAAAUUUGGGUAUAUAAAGCGUGGUGCGUCCGCCAUAUGUGCUUGUGUCGGUAAAAUAUCCCUGGAGCCAUGAAGUCGUUGAUGGUGUUGAUAGCCCUGAGCUGCGCUGCUCUCGUUUCGGCGCAGACCGACACACCUUGCGCAGACGAGAUCACUGCGCAGUGUCCCGCUGUAGAUGGAGAAUAUCCGGUGUUGCUGCCCGAGCCCUCCAACUGUAGGGAUUUCUGCAAGUGCUCCUUCGGAAAAGCUUGGCUCUACGAGUGUCCCCCGAACACCCUCUACGACACCACCUGGGAGACGUGCAACUGGGCAGAUGCUGUAGAUUGUGGCACCCGACCCAUACCAGAGCCAGUCACUGUGGCACCUUAGACACCCAGAAACACCUGUCGUUAUGACUGAUGCACAAACCUGAAGUCCUACACCUGACUCUUCAUACACCUGAUUGAGAAUAUGUAUAUAAUAUAUAAAAUACAUCUAAUGAGCUAUA